UUCCCGCCCAGGAGCACAGUGCCUCGGGAGUUCACGCCUUCGCACCGUUUUCGUCCCUCCUCUAUGUCUGGUCGCCGACGUCCGACAUCAUGCACUUAAGGUUAAACCCAUUCGAGGAAGUAGCGGUGUUGGAACAGCGGUUAAACGCUGCGGGUUGCCCUGAAAAUGUUCAUGAACUGGAGCUCACCAACGGCGUGGUUGCGGAUCCAGACGACCUUUGCAGGUGCAUAAUACGCUGCACUGAGCUUCGUAAGCUUUACUGCGUCUCGAGUGGGAUAAGGUUGAAGAGCCUCAUUAUCAACGUGCUGCCGAAGUUGCCGCACUUGAGCCACCUCGAGUUGACGCUCGACGAAUGCGUGAACAUAGAGGAGGCGUUGUCGAUGCUGAGCGCUAUUCCAGCCACCGAAACUAUCUCGGGGAGCCUUCGCCAGUUGUACGUCGAAGUUUCCGGCAUGCUCAGAAUUCGAGUGCUCGGCGCAAUGUUGGAGAAGCUGCCGAACUUGGCUGAACUGCACGUUCACAAUCUGCGCGAGUUACUGAGCCUAGCGGUACGCGAGAUUGAAAGUUUAUGGAUCCAAGCUCCCACACUGCAGCGCCUUAGGAUGACAUCCGAAACGCCCACCGAGGCUCAGGAAGAACCUGUUGCAGAUAGGCUGUUGGAAGAUCCGGACUUGAGGAACUGGGCCAUGGUUUGCGGUAACCUGCUGCUUCGCCGAGAUCCUCCCACCAGAAACUGUGUUCGCGUGAGAGAUCUUGCCAUUCGAACCGAACCGCUGCAUCCUACCGAGCCUGUUAUCAUCGUGAUUAACAAUGACGAGGGGAUACCCACGGCGUCACAAAUACGCGAAGCGGGGACACAGAACGACUGGCGCGAUGUACGUGGCCUCACUCUCGCACUCGUCAGGUCGGGAGAUGCUGCCGAGGAAGUUGCACGCGCUAACGCCGAGAUCGAAAGCGGGCUUCUGAGCUUCCUGAGGCAUUUCACAGGUAGCUCGGGCGGUAUCGGACACCUCAAGGAACUAAACCUGAGUUCCUUCCACUUUGCCGACAUGGUGGACUUCACACGCGUCUUGAGCGACGCCAGACUGACGACGCUGACAGCACUCUCUGUCACACCUUGCGCCAUCUGGUACCCGGGUGCGCUGAGACGGCUGGCCACCACUUGUCACGAGCUGGACGACCUGGACAUUCGGGUUUACUCGGAUUAUCGAAGGUGUUCCCGGUGUUGGCAGCCUCUUGCGCUGAGUGCCGCGUCCGGAAGUCAUCUCACCCGAGGUCGCCUCACCUUCUACAACAUGACAGGUUUUGCUUCGCUCGAUUUUUUGAGCACGUCCCGAAUAUCCGAGCUUCGCAUGUCAGACAAGUGCGAUGAUGCGAUGUUACGAUUGACGACAUUGUUCCAGAAGUUGCGGCAAAAUACGUUGCUGCGCUGCCUCGUGGUCAGCUUUCCUCACAUACGCUACAAUCAUGAGAUGUAUCAGGACCUACCGAUGCUUCAGGAUUUAGGUUUCCUAAGUCUGGAGACAUCCACUGCGCACGACGAAGUAACCGUGCGUGACUUCAUCGAAUGGGUGGCCUCUCACUCGAACGCGCUCGAAGUCAUUCACGUGCAUUUUCCCCACCACUUGACUGGAAUGACGGAACGGUUCACAUGGGUGCGGAGUGUUGAGACAAGCAAGCAGUCCGAUUCGGGUGACGACGCGAAUCCACCGGAUCCGGCAACGGGCAGAGUCUUCGCAGACAGACCUUGUGUGAUUUGUUCGACGCAGACCUUUAUUGGGCUUAUCAAGCCCCACAAUCGUGGAGCAAGGACGCAAAUGUAGAUUGCCUGCCAGUGUUUCGAUAAUAUAACUGAGAAAUAGUUGACUUUUUUUCAUUCUACAUCAAAGUGUUGAUAAUUGUGUACGCAAAUUUUUAAACUGAAAAUUCUCACUCACUGCGUUGAAAGGCUGUGGCUGGCUCAAUGUAUCGCUGGAUAUAAACUUCUGGUA